AGUCCGUGGUUGAGCAUCAUCGAGAACGGAAGGGAGUGUGUAACUUGCAAUCUACCGACGAGACUGAAAGGUGCGUUCCUGCGCUAUAAAAGUUUAGCAGAAGGAGAAGAGUGAAGAAAUAAUUUACCCGGAUAGUGAGGGCAGUAAAAUGAAAUAAAAACUAAAUGAAUAGAGUUUACUGUGAAGAUGUGUAUGCUUGAAAGUGGAGCAUCAACGAAAAUCGAUUCGCGCGCGCUUUUUGAUGAAUAGAACAUUGCCGAAAGUGAUCUUGCCGCCGCCGCUGCCGACUUCAAUGUAUGCUUCGUUUUAUAGUAAUUUUGGAUUCAUUGAUACAGCUCUGAAUGUUGCCGAUAGUGAAGAAGAAUCUAAGAGUAUCCUCAGAGCAAGUAAAACUGGUUCAAGAAACAGAACGCACAUGAAAUUGACGUGCACUGCAGUGAAGUGUUACUGGCAGUUAACUAACGAUUCCACGUUUUUUUAAACAAAGUUUUGCCAACAAUAAAAUAUAUGCAUAAUGUGUAAAGUCACUUAAGAAGGUGUGCAAAAUGAAUAAAUCGAAUUAAGCGAAAUGUGUACAAUUAAUUACGGAGGUAUAAACCGUCGCUGAUAAUUGUGUGAAGAAAUAUCGUAGAGCUCAUGAAUCUCUGCAGCAGCUGCCCUGGUAAAGUGCGACGACUGUAGUUCAAACCAACAGUACAUACCUUCCAGCAGUGAGUCUCUCUCGUCGUCGGUGCGGAGGCAGCAGGCUUUUAUGCAAAGCUUUUUACCUUCGCCGCUGUGUCUGGAGUUGUGGCUCAACUUACUCCGCAUAAAUGAAAGAUCGCGAAGAUAGAAGGCGCUCUUAGUCUGGCUGCAUGAGCUGCAUGAAUAAGAGUAUAUACACAACCAAAGCACCAGGCAACACAAUCAGGCAGCAUUUAGCAUCUUGUUGGUGCUGUUGUUGGGUCUUAUUAAUUCCCUCGUGGUAAAGUGCUUUUAAUGAUCGGUGCCGGGAUUUGCCGGGAUAAAGUGUAUCAAAAAGAAAAAAAGGAAAAUGUAAAGAUCAUGAAAUAAUGAAUUAAAAGAAAUUAUCCAUAUUUCAAUCAAGUUCAUGUGCAUUCCAACAACAAACGAAUAAAGACCGAGUGAGUGUGGUUGAAGAAUGUAAUUAUAAUGUUGGCUUAAUGUUCGGCAGCAAAACACCUUAAAGGUGGUAAAUUUUUGUACAGUUUUAAGAGCAAAAAAGGAGUAAAAAAAUUGAAAACCGGCAAUCAAAGUGAAACGAAAAUGGCCUCCGCAAACACGCAGAAGAUGAAUCUGGGGAUUAUUCUUGUUGCUCUCUUUAUAAUCGUUUCCAUACAUUGCGGCUACGGACAUAAUUACGGACAAGGAGUACCGACAUGGAUAUGCCUCGGACUGAAGUCGCCUUUCAUCCAGUUCCGGUCGGAGUUCGAGGUGCUCUCGAAUAACAGCAUAUCAUUGAACCUCACAGAAAUACGACACAAGCUGAAAAGUGUACAAAAUUUGGACCACUUCAUUCGUCCAGUGGAUAAUGGACGAAAGGAUGAUGGCAAGAGACAGCUUCUCUCUGGUUCUGGACAAUCUUCAUCGACUGGUGUGGUCAAUACGCUUCCUAGCAACAUGACGAUUACAUUUCUGACCACAACACCACCGUCGUUCGUGAAUCAUUUCGAAAUAACGACAGAGAAUGGCUAUUCGAACGAUAUAGACGUAGAGAGAAAAAGCUUUAGCGAACAUAUGAUAUCUGAUGAUAGCAGUAAAAAGGAAAGAAAAUACAUCAUACCACUAGCACUGAAGACUUCCUCCAAUGAGAAGGAAAAAACGUCGUCCGUAUUUCAUGGAUCAUCGACCAAUAUUGACGACCUGAAACGCCACAUUUUGAUGCUCCAAAAUCUGACUCAGUCUGAUAAAAACUUUCAGAGUAAAUUUGUGGUUUUCCCUUCGUUACAGAAGAAUGGAACGGAAUCAUCAACCAUCACUGCAGUACCAGCCACGACAAGUGUUCCUACGACAACUACAACUUUUCGUCCUCCUUUCCAUCAAAUGCCAGUGCUGCAAAUUAGGGAAGAUCAAAGUGCGGUUAAAGCGUUCCCUGAAAAGUUCACACGACUGCGUCCAACGAUCAAUAUGCCUCGACAAAUCCUGCCCAACUCUCAGGAUAUAUUGUCCGAUAAUAAAGACGACAUGUUCAAAAUGGAAAAAAUUACAAUAGUCCCGCAGGUUUUUUUACAAAAUGACCAAACUCCGGAUUCCACGACAGAUGAAGAAAAUAAUAACAAUAAUUACGGCCACAAUAACGACCGAAAGAAAGAGAUCAAAGGAAAUGACGGAGAGAGUAUCAAGAAUAAAAAACCUUCGCCGCCCGUCCAUCAUGGUACCGGUCUCAGCAGAGAAGGGACAGCAGAAGAGAUAAGUAAUAAAUCUCCUCUGUCGGCCACAAUACUACCACCAGCUUGGAAACUCGGACGCAACAACAAAACCACAUCGGCGGCAUUGGCGUCUAGCGCGAUACAAACAGCCACUGCCGCCAAAGAUGCUGAAUUUGAUAAUGCCUCUACACGUGGCACCAGCAUUGUACGAGGAAACGGCAAGAAGCGGAAUCGGAAAAAUAAAAAGCCAUCCGAACAACCAAUUAACUCCAAUCCGGUUCAUGAUAUCCACGUUGGUGUAACGAACCAAAGCUCAAACAAGACCAAAGCCGGCAGAAAAGGUGCUAAACGGCUUCAAAGACUUCAGCAGAAAGCAUUUAUGUUGCAGCAAUUAACAUCCAGCUCAUCGACUGUUGCGUCUCCUCCUGCAACGACUGCUGCCAGCUUCAAUCGAAAACUUUCGCGUUUCCGCCGAGCCGAACGAAUCACGAACAAAGCUAUGCGAUCUCAGCUGGAGCAUACUUACGCCAAAGAUAGUACAAUAGUUCCAAUAUACGGAUCAAUUAACGGGUCCAGUGUAAGUGCCAUAACCGGUCUAGGUAGUAGAAGUGUUAGUGAUAAAAAUACCACAGUUUUUUCAAUUGAUAGCAACAAUAGUAAUGGUGGCAAUCACAGUGAAAAAGAUAUAAUCAGUCUAAACCCGGACCUAUGCUACAAAGUGACCGGCUUAAGUGGAGGACAACAGAAACUCUGCGCUCAACAUACAAGCGUCAUGCCGGCCAUAAGCCGCGGAGCAAGAGCCGCUAUUCAGGAAUGCAAGCACCAAUUCAAGCAUCGCCGAUGGAACUGCAGCACUAUAGAGGACGACACCGUAUUCGGACCAGUUUCAAAUAUAGGUUCACCGGAGAUGGCAUUCGUCCAUGCGCUGGCGGCGGCUGCUGCUGCCAGUUUUAUCGCUCGCGCCUGCCGUGACGGACAGUUAGCAUCAUGUGGAUGUUCGCGGAGCUCUCGGCCUUCACAACUUCACGAAGAUUGGACCUGGGGUGGCUGUGGAGAUGACAUGGAAUUUGGUUACAAGUUCUCCCAAACAUUCAUUGACAUCAAAGAAAAGGAACGAAAACGUGGUACCCGAGGUCUGGUGUCAAUCCCGGCAAAGUACCCCAAAAUAGUGGAAAGGCUACUAGAAACGUUAAAUGACACAAGUGAGCACAUCUUGAACGGAACUGAUACCUUAUUCCGUCCAGAGGAUCUACAGAAGCUACAAGAUAAAAUCGCCAAAGAAAUUUCCAGCUCAAAUCUGGAUCCCAAAGAAAUGAACGAACUACAGGAUAGGAUAAAUAAAGAAAUAACGAACUCCGAAGUGUUCAACUUAAAACAUUUCAACAUAUACGAUAAACUGAAAAAGAUGUUUAAGAAGCCAGAGAAGACGCUGAACGGAGUUAAGUUUAGUGCAUCAGCAAAGGCACGUGCUCUGAUGAAUCUGCACAAUAACGAAGCCGGUCGCAGGGCAGUUAUUAAAAAGUCACGCAUCAUUUGCAAGUGCCAUGGUGUCUCCGGUUCGUGCAGUCUCAUCACUUGUUGGCAGCAGUUGACAUCAGUGAGGGAAAUUGGUGAUUUUCUGCGCGAAAAAUACGACGAGGCUACACAGGUGAAAAUAAACAAACGAGGUCGAUUGCAGGUCAAAGAUCCUAGAUACAAAAUCCCAACGCCACUGGAUCUAGUAUACCUGGAUGAAAGCCCCGACUGGUGUCGACACAACAGGCAACUGAAAUGGCCAGGAACGCAUGGUCGUGUCUGUAAUAAAACUUCAUCCGGGCUAGAUGGCUGUGCAAUUCUGUGCUGCGGACGAGGUUACAACACGAAAAAAAUCGUAGUCAAGGAAAGGUGCAACUGUAAGUUCCAGUGGUGCUGCCAGGUCAAGUGUGAUAUAUGUACACGACAUAUAGAAGAGUACACAUGUAAAUAAAUAUUUGAGUGGAGACAAUCGAUUAAAAAAUAAGUUUUAUGAAGGCAUGCCUACAUUUAAUAAAAAAUAUUGUACAAAUAAAAAACAUUUUUUUUUUCGAUGUUUAACUAGAAACUCUUUUAUAUACUUCUGCUGUAGCCCGUUUAUGAAUUGUGAUUUGCAUAUUUUCGUUAUUAUUCAAAGAUAAAGAUUACACAGGUAUGCCUUCUGUAGCAGUUUAAGAAUGUAAAAGAGAAAUGACUGUAAGUUUGUAUGAAUGGUAUUAUUUAUUUAUUUAAAUAUUGAGAGAACUAUUAGGAAGAAUUACUUGGGGUAGAAAAAGGAACGCUAUCUCAAAGUAAUUAGAUUGCUUAACAUGUGCUAUAUUAGUAACACUAGAUAUGAGUGGUUAACAAUAAUCCUUUUAAUUAAUUCAACAUAUCUUGAGUCGUCCAUACUAUAAUAAACCUUGAUGUUAUUUUCAUUAAACUUUCAAAGCAUAUGAGUAUGAAGAUGCUCUCAGAUUUAUUGUAAAUAGCAAUGGGAAUAUCUGUUGAUAGAUCAUUUCCACCAAAUCUAACCCCCACAUUUCAUUCUGAAUAAUAGUUUUCAAUGACAAUGAUUGAAUUGAUAAAAAGUAAUCAGCAUAUUUAAACACAGGCAAAUAGACGUAACACUUCUCAGCUGGGCAUGGUUCACGCAUUUGGCGUUUAAUUUGAAUUUCAUAUGAACUCGUACAAGGGUUUGGUUUCAGAGUUUAUAUAGUUGCACCACAGACAAACAGACAUAACAUCCGGAUUUAUUUCAUCAUACAGCAAAAGUAGUAGUAGUAGUGUGCCACAUGCUCAUCCGAUGUUGAUGUUCGCAGUACCUACUAUGUUUUAAAAACAUUGUUUUUAAUUGAUAAUUUCUCUAACUGUUAUGUCUGUUUGUGGUUGUAUGUUCAAGGCAGAAUUCAAAUUUCAACUCAUUAUGAUGAUCCAUACACGAGUCCACACAUUUCUUUCUAGAGAUUUAUAUUAAAAGUCACCUCUAUUUUUCUGUGACCUAAUUUAUAUUGUAUGUUUGAGCCAAAAAGUUUAUAUUACUUUCUAAUACAUUCAAUUUAAUGGAAAAAGGAAACAAAGAUAUUAGGUUUUUAAAGUUUGCUCAGUAUUCUGGUGUACAAAUAAAUGUAUGGAAAAGUCAAUGGUCGCCAAAAACUACUGUCAAUCAAAGAAUAAUCUGAAAUGUGGGGAAUAGAAAUGACGGAAGUAGAUAUGCUAUUCUGAAAAAUCUCAAAUAUCAUCCUUCUGACACAAACUCAAAUUUCACAAUGAAAGCUGUGCCAACCUAAAAGAAAUAUAUUUCAGAUUAUUUUUAACGGAGAAAUUCUGUUCCCAUUUGCAACAAAAAUCCCUUGGUCUCUGAUGCUAUUGAUGAAUGCAAGUAAUACAAAAGGAAUUAUUGCAUAAAAUAGAUCGUUUUCAAAUAAAACUGUAUAUAUUAGGUGAAAUACUUGCUUCAAACCAGUAUUACUAGGUGAUUUAAUGUACGAACUUCAUGAAAUGUAAUGUACUUUUUAAGUUAACUAGAACAUUUAUUGCAUCUUUCAUAGUUUUACGAAUAUUUAUUAUAGUUGUAGACUAUAGUAUAACCAUUAUCAUUCAUAAGCAUACUGUGUUCAUUGGAAUGCAAAUGAUAUAUAAACGAUGCGAUAUGUAAUCAGAAUUACACUUUUUACUAUCACGAAUUGAUUCAAGUGUUUAUAUUGAUCUUUAUAAUGACUGGGCCUACCUUUUGUUUAAGAUUACUCAUAAUCUGAGCAAACAUGUGGAAUUUCGGACAACAGCCAAGAAAAUCUUCAUUUCGUUUGUAUUGUUUAUUGAAAACUUCCAUCAAUCUUUUCUAUUGUUCCAGUAAGUCUAAACGCAUGGUAGAAUUUGUAAUGUUUGUCCUAAUCUAGAUGUAUUAUAUCUUUUGAAAUGUAACGAUGAGGCAAUGUAAAAUUAGACAAAAAAAUAAAUAUAUAUUCGUUCUACAGGGCGUUUAUGUUCUUAUUGAAUUCAA